CUCAAGAAACUUUUGGGCGAUAAACUGCAUUUGCAUAAUGGCUGGGAGAAUGUAUUAUGUGAUUAUAUCGCUCAUGAAGGAGCACUGGUGCGUAAGGCCGCCAGGAAGCUACUGUUGCUUAUGUGUAACUCUGAUGUGGCAAAAUAUCGGCAAAUCCGUGACGAACAUCUUAUCCGUGAUUUGCUGGCGAAUCUGAAGAGGCGCCUAGACGAACGCGCAAACUUGGAAUAUUUCGAACUGUGUGAUAUUGUAACGCGCAUCAACGGCAUCUCAGCAGUUUCUGAAAAGCGUUGUGUUGUCUGGCAGAGAGUUUGCUUGAAUGAAGUAAGCUUUUUUUACUGUCGUUUGGGCUUUUGA